UGUGAUUGGACGACGGACUGUCAGUUCCGAAGCAUGUCUGUCAAAGCCGACCAAUCAGAUUGCGUCUUGUUGGCCGGUGGCACCGGUUCGCCGGUCGGUUUGCAGCUGGGAAAAGGGGAAGCGACUGGCAGAGGGACAGCAUCGGCGGUGCGGCGCGGUGCUAUGGACCUCCGGGACAAUGUCGAGACAGGGGAGACGGAAAACCACACGGAGCUCUUCUACGUGCCGAUCCCGGACGAAGAGCCAUACAAGCAGGAGCAGGAGAAGCUGUCGGGGGUCGUCAAAAGCGUCCACAGAAAACUGCGCAGGAAAUACAGAGAGGUGGGCGACUUUGACAAGAUCUGGCGCGAGCACUGUGAAGAUGAGCAGACGCUGAGUGAGUACGCCCUUGCCAUGAAGAAUCUCGCCGACAACCACUGGACCAAAAACUGCGAGGGAGAGGGACGCAUCGAAUGGUGUCGCAGUGUCUGUCAAGAAUACUUUCUGGAUGGCGGAAUGAAAAGAAUGUUAGAAAAGGAUGAUAAAAGUGCCAGGCUAGCCAUGGGACUGACUGCAGCGUCUGUAAGUGCCCAACCGCACAGCAUCAACCCCAGUUCUAUCUCUCAGCUGGGGAAAAUGCGCCUUCUUGACGUGGGAAGCUGCUUCAACCCUUUCCUGAAGUUUGAUGAAUUCCUGACAGUUGGUAUUGACAUAGUGCCUGCAGUUGAGAGCGUGUACAAGUGUGACUUCCUCAACCUUCAGCUCCAGCAGCCGCUCCAGCUGGCGAGUGACGCGGUCGAGGCCUUCCUCCGCCAGCUCCACAACCCCAUCGACUCGCUGCCCGCCCAGCUGUUCCACGUGGUGGUCUUCUCCCUGCUCCUCUCCUACUUCCCCUCUCCUUACCAGCGCUGGAUCUGCUGCAAGAAGGCCCACGAGCUGCUGGAGCUGCACGGCCUGCUGCUCAUCAUCACGCCUGACUCCUCCCACCAAAACCGCCACGCCCUCAUGAUGCGCAGCUGGCGGGUGGCGGUGGAGUCGCUGGGCUUCAAGCGCUACAAAUACGUCAAGUACUCCCACAUGCAUCUCAUCGCCUUCCGUAAGGUGUGCCUGGCCACCACCAGCGACCUGGUGUCACGCAACUACCCAGAGAUGCUCUACAUCCCUCAGGACUUCCACUCCAACGAGGAGGAAGAGUGUUCCGACGUUCCCGUGCAGGUGCGCUCCGAGUUUGAGGAUGACCAGAUGGCUUGGGGCUUCACGGAGCUACCUGACACGCCGUAUGAUUCGGAUUCUGGGGAGAGCCAGAGCAGCUCGGUGCCUGGCUUCCAUGAGCUAGAAGACCCCAUCCUGCUUCAGAGCUAGGCGAAACCAGCUAACCCCCUCCUCUACUCCUCCUUCUCCUCCUCCUCCUCUCUCUCCUCUUCUCUACGUAACUAUCACCUCCCCUUCAACUGCUGCGCUGCCAAAUUCAACCUGCUGCAUUCUUCUCCCACUUCUCCCUCCCUCCCCUCAAAACAAUGCAGUUUGCACAGUGUGAAAGAGAGAAGUUUACAGAUUAUUUUCUCAUAUCCACACUCCUCUCGAGAGUACACACACAUACACACACACAAAAAACGCAUAAACACACACACUAAGAUGGUUAUAUUUUGAUAAAUAUCUAGGUUUUUUAAGAGUUGGAAAGUGAAUGCCCUUAAGAUAUCUAAAUCCCUGCUCCUUAAUUUCCAUACCAUCUUCCAAUCAGCUUUCAAUAACAAAAGUCGGCUUGUCUGCAUUCUGUACUCAGUCUCUGUUUGAAUAAGCUAGAGUGGCAGGCUGCUUAGUACAAAAGACAAACACAGCAACCUGAGCAGUCUGACAGGAGUAUGAUUGCACUGGAGAGACUGAGAUGGAACGACUGGACUGGUACGCUUGCUUCUGUCACAGUCAUGCAGCUAGACUUUCUGAAAAUUUCUUGAUGUGCAUUUAGUUUUCCAAGACAAAAAAAACAACAUUGUUUUGAAAUAUAUAUUCUCAAACAGUCAAAACAUUGGUGUUGUCCAGUGUAAAGUGUGGCAAUGCCAUUUUAACUUGGCAUCCUCUGAAUGAUUUGUGUAUCUUUUACAAGAAAGUGGUAUUUGUAGCAUUUUAAACAUUUUCAGAACCAUACGGUAGGAGUAUUACUAGGUUUACUAAUGUGAAACUGUAACUGUGUUUACUCAUUGUGUAACAAGGUACGAGUGUUUCAAAGUAGCUGUUAGACUUUUUCCCUCCUUGUUGUCGUCACAGAUGUUAAGACUGAAUUAUCUCCUGUUAGAUCUCCGGUACAUUUUUGUUUUCUAGCAGAGAAAUAUUACAACACUGCAAGGCGGUGACCCAUAUCAAAUGAACUUUAAAGCACCAGUAUCCUUUGACACAAUUUUGUAACUUUGAUGUGAAACUGCAGUAAGUACCCUGCCUCCCAAAAAAAAAAAGAAAAAACAUCCAGAUCUGAGCUCCUCAUAGAAAAUUCACCUCGACAGAAGAAAUUUGCACUAAUUUACUGUUUUGUCAUACAGAACCUCUGAAACAGGUGAGAAAAUUUGUAGAUUUUAGCAAUAGCCAGCGAGACCAGAUGUGAAGAUGUUGUGUCUGGCAGGGAGGGGGGAGGUUUUAGCUAAAGACACUACCAGAUGAAAUGUUAGUGUGUGAUCCUGCCUGUCCCUGAAUGGGCUAAACGUGUGAUUGGGUUUGUCAGUAUGAAUGAAGGAAUGGAUUGAUGUGUUUUUGUCAGUGGCACUUUAUCAUUGAUCCCAAAGGGUGUCACAAGAUGUAAUUAUUUUCCUAUGAUGACAGUUUUACAACCAAUAUGAUGGGGCCCAUAAGAUAAUACCAGUAAGUAUAAGGUGCCUUCUUUCUUCACAUUUAUUGUAUGUUGCAAGCAGACUUUCAUCCCCCUGGAGAAAAUGAAACUCAUAGCUUUUAACAGUAAAACAGUUCAGGCUUCUUUGGCCAAACAGUGCAGACUAACUGACCGGUUCUCUUUUUGUCAUAUAAAUGAAUAACAAUAAACAUUUCCAGUGUUGAUGUAAUGCAGCGUGUUGUUGCCAUCCCCAUAUCAUUUUCCAGUCAAUGCACAUCUCUCUGCUGAUAUCUUCUUCGUUCAUAAAAAUAUUUCACAAUACCACACAUAUUCAGACUUUGACGUUUUGUGAUUUAAUUGGUGCAUUUGUCUUCCAAUAUUUCUUUUGGCCCAUUUUGCAUGAGUUGUUUCAUCUUCAUUCUCAACAAUGCAGAACAAUGUGUGCUUAUAGUAUGGUUGUAUUUCUCUUUUAUAAAUGAAGUAAAUGUAA